GGUUUUGUUUACUGAAUCUAUCAAAUUAAUUGAUGCCUGUGUUUUGCCAGUGACCGUUGAAGUAAAGGGUCCUUAUGAAUACCUUACUCUUGAAGACUACCCACUGAUGAUUUUUUUCAUGGUGAUGUGUAUUGUGUACGUCCUAUUUGGUGUUCUCUGGCUGGCGUGGUCUGCCUGCUACUGGAGAGAUCUCCUGAGAAUUCAGUUUUGGAUUGGUGCCGUCAUCUUUCUGGGAAUGUUUGAGAAAGCUGUGUUUUAUGCAGAAUUUCAGAAUAUCCGAUACAAAGGAGAAUCUGUCCGGGAUGCCUUGGUCCUUGCAGAGCUGCUCUCAGCAGUGAAACGCUCGCUGGCUCGAACCCUGGUCAUCAUAGUCAGUCUGGGAUAUGGCAUAGUCAAGCCUCGACUUGGAGUCACUCUUCACAAGGUUGUGGUGGCAGGAGCACUCUAUCUUUUGUUCUCUGGCAUGGAAGGGGUCCUCAGAGUUACAGGGGCCCAGACUGAUCUUGCUUCCUUGGCCUUUAUACCCUUGGCUUUCCUAGACACUGCCCUGUGCUGGUGGAUAUUCAUUAGCCUGACUCAAACAAUGAAGCUGUUAAAACUUCGGAGGAACAUUGUAAAGCUCUCUCUAUACCGACAUUUCACCAACACACUUAUCUUGGCAGUAGCAGCAUCUAUUGUGUUCAUCAUUUGGACAACCAUGAAGUUCAGAAUAGUGACUUGCCAGUCGGACUGGAGGGAGCUGUGGGUGGAUGAUGCCAUUUGGCGAUUACUCUUCUCCAUGAUCCUCUUUGUCAUCAUGAUUCUAUGGCGACCAUCAGCAAAUAACCAGAGGUUUGCCUUUUCACCAUUGUCAGAGGAAGAUGAAGAGGAUGAGCAGAAGGAACCAAUGCUGAAGGAGAGCUUUGAAGGAAUGAAAAUGAGAAGCACCAAGCAGGAACCGAAUGGAAAUAGUAAAGUAAACAAAACAGUAAGCAUGACUUUUUUCCUUCCUUUGUGAUCUUUGCCUGGU